UUGUAUUCUUGAAAAGAAGAGAAUGAACCUUAAAUUCUUGGACCACAAAGUGUAGAUUUGCUGAAGUUUUCUAAUGAAGAAUGGCAACCCCCUACGUUCCUGUUCCUAUGCCUAUAGGAAGUUCCUCUUCCAACUUUACAACAAACAGAAACCAAAGAAGUUCUUCCUUUGGGAGCAUCUCAACAAAUUCAAAUUCUUCAAAAGGGCAGCUGGAGGACUCUACCAUUGGUAGUUUUAAAAAGAUGAGUGUGCCUGAACAGAUUGGCUCCACGUCAUCUAUAUGUAGUAGCCCACUUGUUAGGACUAAAUUUACAGGUGUGGACACAUCUAUUGAAUACUGUACUCAGCCUAUGGAAGAUAUUGAGCAAAAUACAGACUCUGGGAGUUGGGAAGAUCGACCUUCUACACCUACCAUACUGGGGUAUGAGGUGAUGGAAGAAAGGGCAAAAUUCACUGUUUACAAAAUACUGGUAAAGAGAAGUCCAGAGGAAAGUUGGGUGGUUUUCAGAAGGUACACUGACUUCUCCAGGCUUAAUGACAAGUUAAAAGAUAUGUUUCCAGGCUUUCGAUUGGCACUUCCACCAAAGCGCUGGUUCAAGGAUAAUUAUAACCCUGACUUCCUGGAAGAUCGACAGUUGGGGCUACAAGCAUUCCUGCAGAAUUUAGUAGCUCAUAAAGACAUUGCUAACUGCCUUGCAGUGAGAGAGUUUCUUUGUUUGGAUGAUCCACCAGGUCCAUUUGAUAGCCUAGAAGAGAGCAGGGCUUUUUGUGAAACUUUGGAGGAAACUAAUUACCGUCUCCAAAAAGAACUUAUUGAAAAACAAAGGGAAGUGGAAUCAUUGAAGAAAUUAUUAAGUGAAAAACAACUUCAUAUAGAUACUAUAGAGACAAGAAUUAGGGAUUUGUCUUUAGGAAAUGGGAAAACGCGCAGAAUGUCAGGAGAAGAAAGCGAGUGCAGUGGCGAGGUGGAGUCUUCUGCAAUAGAAGCAGAUCAGGGCGCCUUGGGAGAUGACAGCUGCUCUGAUAAAGAGAAUCAUGAGACGUGCUGGAGUGGCUCAUUGGCUGAAAACUCUGUACCAGAAAUUGAAGUUGCUGAAGUAGCAUAUACUGCUGAUGAAGAGGAAUAAAUUAACAGCAGCUGUCAUUACCUUCAAAAGUUUCAUAAUGCUUGGGACAGACUAUUUGUAGGUAAAAGCAUGCAGUAGCUGUAAAGAAUUUACAGCAAAGAGCAAGAAUGCACACAGU